AUGGCCACUAUUGCAGAUCUCCCCGUCGAGCUCAUUGAAGACAUCGUCCUCCUUCUUGACCCCCUCGACGUGUCGCGCUUCGUCCAGACGUGCUCCGCCUAUCACCUCCUGCUCUAUUCAAACUCAGGCGAACAUUUAUGGCGCGAGCUUUACCUCCUCCAGCCCUUCGACGACCCCCGUCAAUGUCUCACCCCCCUUGGUCGUCCGCUACCACGACUCGACUGGAAAGACCUUCUCCAACGUGUCAUGCGUACACGCACUAUCCUUGCCAACGUCAACCUCUGCAAGCCGGAGGAGCGCACCACCGUCCUCCAGACACUUGUUGACAUGGUUUCCAACUGCGUACCAUCCUUCAUCGGCGAGCCCUCGCGCAACCACGCAUGGGUCGCCCUCAUGAUCCCUGCACACCUACUUCGGCCUUACCCUCGCGACUUCGCGAAGGAGGAGAUCACGCGCUCGCGCGCGUUCGUCUACGCGAUGCGCAACUACAAGUACGACAACGACUUUGGACCCUUCCGCAUGGACAGCACCGGACGCGUCGACUGGGUACACAUACGUGCGCUGCAUCACGUCAUAUCCAUGCACAUCGUCCCCUCGACUGAGGAGACGUCGCAAGCGAUCUUCACCGUCUUUCCCAUGAGCAUGCCGUGGACGCAAAGUGUCAUUCCGGACGGGUUGGAAUUGCUCCAGCAGGACGAUUGGGCAGGGGUGGGCGGGACGUGGCAUUGCUCGUUCGCCUUUAUGGAUCAUCAAGAGCUGCUUCUCUACAAUGCCUCUAACGCAUAUGACGAGAUGCCCCUCGACACGAGUAUUUUCGAUGAUCCCAACUUCACAGAGGUGUAUCGAACCUUCCCCAUCGAGAUGCGCGUCCUUGGCACCGAAAUCGACCCCGAUCAUCCAGGGUUUCCUCGUAUUCAAUUCGGAGGUUCAGUCGAAGGUCAUUCGAUUAUGGUGGGGCAUGUGCGGUUGACACCGGAUAAUCAAAUCCGCUGGCGCUUUACUUCUGGUGAACAAGGCAACGCAAUCUGGAGUUCUGAAGGCAUACAAGUCGGCAAUGUUAGAUCGAAGUUCGGUAUCCUUGGGGCAUGGACCACAGUGUUGCAUGACAGCGAGGACCCGGUUGGUCCUUUCUGGCUGUGGAAAGAUUAA